AUGGGUUCAAGAAAUAGUAAAAGAGCUGUAGAAAACUCGGAACUAGCCGAUGAAGUGUCAAUUGAAAAAUUUGAACAUCAUCACGGAAAAUAUGGAGUAUGUAAAGAAUGCAUGCAACAGAACACUGGAUACGGAUGGUGCAUGUCCUGCAAUGCAAAACAUUUUCAACAACAAUUCGACAAAUGGACAAGUGGUGAUAGUACAGUUGAUAAGUUUAUUCAAAACACACAACUUAAUGCGACUAAUUGUUGGGAAGUAUUGGAAUGGGUUCCAUAUGAAAGAUUCUUCAAUGCUAAAUAUCUUGGUAAAGGUGGUUAUGGGACAGUAUUUGAAGCAAAUUGGGAUGAUGGAUAUAUCAAAAGGUGGGAUAACGAAACUAAACAGUGGAGUAGAUUUAGUUAUCAAGAUGUUGUUCUUAAAAAUUUACGAAACUCAAAAAAUCUAAUUGAAACAUUUUUAGAAGAGAUUAAUCUUCAGAUGAAAUUAAAUUUGAACACAUAUAUUAUUCCUUGUUAUGGAAUAACCAGAGAUCCCAAAACUGACGAUUUUAUGUUAAUUAUGAAGUAUGCAUCAGACGGUAGUCUUCGUCAGUAUUUGAAUAAAAAUUUUAAAAACUUAAAAUGGGGACCAAAAUUAAAUAUCAUACGGACGGCAGCCGAAGGUCUUUAUAAUAUUCAUAAAGCAAACUUGGUUCAUAAAAACCUUCAUAGUGGGAAUGUAGUAAUUGAUAAUGGUAUUAGUUCAUACAUCACGGAUUUUGGUAUAUAUAAACCAUCCGAUUAUGAAUCACAGGAAAAACCCAAAAAUCAAAUAUUUGGCGUGUUGCCAUACGUUGCUCCUGAGGUUCUUUAUGGUGAAGAAUAUACACAAGCAGCUGAUAUAUAUUCUUUUGGAAUUCUCAUGAAUGAAGUAGCGUCAGAAUUUCCACCCUACUAUAAUAUUCCACAUAACUAUAAUCUUGCUUUACAAAUCAGCCAAGGUUAUCGUCCCGAAAUAAAAGAGAAUUAUACCCCUAAAUUAAUUAGUGAUCUAAUUAAAAGAUGCUGGGAUGCAAGGCCCGAGCUUAGACCAACAGCACAAGAAUUACAUGAUGUUUUUGGAAGUUGGUAUAAUGACUAUGAUGAUAAGAAAGGAUUUCCCGAAUUGUGGAGUCAAAUUGAAUUAAUUGAAAAGUUAAAAGCUUCUGAAGAUUUCUCGAUUAACACAUCAAAUAAUAAUAAAGCUACAAAAGCUUAUAUUACACAUCAUCAGGCCUCCUAUACAAGUUGUGCUUUAAGUUUUGCAAAUCUUUCACAACCUGUAAAUGCGUCUGAUAUCAUUGUCUAA